AUGCCAUUCUUUCAUAGACUGCUGCGUUCCGCGCAACGCAAGCCUUCCCCAAUUGCGAUUCGAGACCUGAACGCUGGUCUUGAGAAGACAUACCGUGAUCUUCUUUCAGAUGUCUUAGCUCUGCGCAAGGUAUUGGAAGGAAGACUAAGCGUUGAAGCGCGACGUGAUCUAGCCGCCGACAAAGAAGUGUACAUUGGGUUACUUGCUCCCGGAGGCUAUGAAUACACAGUUGGCUUCAUGGCUAUUCUUGCACUUGGUGCAGCUGUAGUUCCAAUGGCUGCCGUGUUACCAGCCGAAGAAGCAUCAUACUUCCUUCUGAAAGCUCGCUGUGUCGCUCUACUUGCCAGUACAACCAGCGAGCAAACCGCCAAGUCAGUUGUGCAAUUUGUAUCAGAAAGCAAAGGUGUACAGAUCCCCUGCAUAUCAUCUAUCGCAUCAUACUUCCGACCAACUCUCCUCCCAGCAGACGAAGCAACCAUUUCAUCCGACCUCGUACCCGACAUGAACAGUGCAGCAUUGGUAAUCUUUACAUCUGGCACAACCGGGCCUCCAAAAGGUGCUGUCCAGCGCCGCAGCUACCUGACCGGUAGUGGCGAAGCCGAUAUGGACCACUACCGCAUCACGGAUCGAGACACAGUCCUCCAUGUCCUCCCCGUCCACCACGCUUCAGGUGUUGGGUUAACAUUCCUUCCAUUCCUAACAGCAGGUGCAUGCAUCGAGUUCCGCAGUGGGAGUUUCGAUACGGCGUGGACGUGGGAACGCUGGCGUCAGGGUGGCCUUUCGUUCUUUUCUGGUGUGCCGACUAUUUAUAUGCGGAUGAUGCGAUACUUUGAGGAGAAUAUUGCGCAUCAGCCGACAGAGAUUCAGGAUCAGUAUAUUGCCGGUGCACGUGGCAUUCGGGCUAUGCUUUGUGGCACUUCUGCGCUGCCGGGGCCUGUUCAGGAUUUUUGGGGUCGGAUUCGGGAGAAGCCUAUUCUGACUCGAUAUGGAGCUACUGAGUUUGGGGCGGUUAUUAAGACUGAUCUGGAUUCUGAGGGUGUUCCAAAGAAUAGUGUUGGGCGUGUUGCCGAGGCCGUUUCGUUGAAGCUUGCUGACGAUGGGCAUCUUUUGGUUAAGUGUCCUUAUAUGUUCUCCAAAUAUCUCUUUGACAAGAAGGCAACGGCAGAUGCCCAUGAUGCAGAUGGGUACUUCAAAUCGGGCGACAUUGCCCGUCGCGAAGGGAAAUAUUAUUUCAUUCUCGGGCGUGCCUCAAUCGAUAUUAUCAAAUCCGGGGGGUAUAAGAUAUCUGCAUUGGAUGUCGAGCGCGAGAUCUUGGGUCUGGAUUAUGUGUCAGAAGUCAUGGUCGUGGGCGUUGAAGACGAGGAAUUCGGUCAACGUGUUGCUGCCACUGUUAGUCUAAAGCAAGAUCGCAAAACAAAACGCAAAGACCUGACCCUUGCGGAACUUCGUGAUGACUUACGGAGUAAAAUGGCCGGGUAUAAAAUGCCGACUAUUCUUCGCAUUGUUCACGGUGAACUUCCUAAGUCGGGAACUGGAAAGGUACAGAAGAAAAUCUUGGGGCCUCAAUUCUUUCCGUCGAACUAUCGAGAUUUGCCCGAGAUACAGACUUGGAGCAGGCAUAUUCAGGCUAAAAUUUGA